AUGCUGCUGGAGAACCGUGAAGCAAAUGAGGUGACCCAGCAGAGCGGCUGGAUGUUUUUAGCCAAAUCUGGCCAGAAGCUGCACCUCCCAAAAGCCWCACGGGACUUACAGUCUGUAACAUCUACAGGCUUUCUGGUGCAGAGGGUGGUGGAGCAGCUCAUCCUAGAGAGCAUCUCCAGGCAUAUGAAGGAGAACGGGGUGAUCGGGAGUAGUCAGCAUGGAAUUGCCAAGGAUAACCAGCAGAGACUCUGCAGUCCCAGGCACCUACAGCUGCCUAUUGCUGGCCAAGCCCUUGCCCUGGUGCUUAGCGGGCUGCUCGGCCUCGCGCCUGCCUCCUGGUACGCGCACGAGCUGCGGGCGCUGCCGGCGCCGGGCGGCAGCGCGCUGGCUGCCGGCUACAGCCUCGUGCUCAGCGCCCUGGGCAGCUGCCUGCAGAUCCUGGGCGGGCUGGCGCUGGCACUCAGCCUGCACCGCUGCUGCCCGCAGCCGGGGGCCCGCAAGGCGCCGCCGAGCCCCGCGUCCCUCCCCGGGAGGCAGGGCUCCCCAAGGACCUACCACAACCCGGCCGACGUGCUGCAGGAUGAGCGGCCGUGGAGGAGCAGCCUGCCCUGCGACUCCGACCUGUAG